CUCCCAACUCAUUGAAACAGAGAAGCCUAGCAAGAAUGGGUCUCCUUGGGUUGCUGCUUUGCUGGAGCCUGGUCUCCAUUGUCAUUGCAAAUGAAGCCCCUGUCCUGGGUGGGUUUCUAACUUUCACACCCAAGGGAAAGAAUUCAGAUGGAACAAUCAGGAUGGACUCCCGUUUCAAAGCCUCAGAAAUCUACACUGGAUCAUGCUCGCCAGCGUCUUCCUGGAAAUGCCAUCAAGGAGACUGUGGUACCAUAACCACUUCUGAAUAUGGAGAAACUGAUCCUGACCACUCUGGAGACAACUGUGAGGUAGAGGGCUUCGUUACGAGAAACCUACAAAGUGAUAAACCUUUUGACUUGCUAGAUCAAGAUUGUUGUUGGACCUACAAUACAGAAGAUCUUGGCUCGUGGAGCAUGAUAGCUCAUAUCGAUCUGGGAAGAAGAUCAGAUACUGGAAACCCCAACAGAUCCCCAGUAACGACAAUGCCUCCACAAAUCAGGGUCCCCCAAAACCGUCCUACAACUUACAAUUUAUUGGCACAUGACCCCGAUGGUGAUAAUGUAAGAUGUCGAUAUGGAAUUAAAAACAAUUUGGAGUGUAGCACCUGCAAAACAGUUCCAGGCUUCACCCUAGAUGAGAAUGCCUGCAGUCUAUCAUUUUCUGGCUCAUCAUCAUCUGGAGUAUAUGUGUUUGAACUUGUAAUGGAAGAUUUUCCAAGGCAAAAGACGACAUUAAAAUACCAUGAUGGGACAUCCACUGUCAAAUACCCCAUGUCCCUAGAUGCAUCUGAUCCAUUGAGCAAAAUACCCCUUCAAUUUCUAGUUAUAGUUGGUGAUGCUGUGCCGUCCUUGGUUUUGGGGGAAUACAUACCAAAAUAUAUAACUCCAACUGUUCACCAUGGCACCUUCAUAAGGACAUCACUUGGUAAAGAAUUUUCGUUUCCUGUCUCCGCAGUAUCAACGAAAUCACAAAUAAAGGACAUCGAGAUCAGUGGGCCCCUAAACAUAGAAAAAACAUUUGAGUACGAUACUGUCACUGGAGUUGGCAAGGCAAUGAUUAAGUGGACCCCAACUGCGAAUGACGUAGGAGAAGAUAUCCCCAUAUGUUUUAUUGCACAAACUACAGCUGAGUAUCAGUCUGAACUAAGAUGCAUAAUUGUUGUCGUUGAAGAAAGACAAAGCAAACCUAACAUUGUCAUCGCGAAUGAAGCCCCUGUCCUGGGUGGGUUUCUAACUUUCACACCCAAGGGAAAGAAUCCAGAUGGAACAAUCAGGAUGGACUCCCGUUUCAAAGCGUCACAAAUCUACACUGGAUCAUGCUCGCCAGCGUCUUCCUGGAAAUGCCAUCAAGGAGACUGUGGUACCAUAACCACUUCUGAAUAUGGAGAAACUGAUCCUGACCACCCUGGAGAAAACUGUCAGUUACAGGGUUUCGUUACGAGAAGCCUACAAACUGAUAAACCUUUCGACUUGCUAGAUCAACAUUGUUGUUGGACCUACAAUACAGAAGAUCUUGGCUCGUGGAGCAUGAUAGCUCAUAUCGAUCUGGGAAGAAGAUCAGAUACUGGAAACCCCAACAGAUCCCCAGUAACGACAAUGCCUCCACAAAUCAGGGUCCCCCAAAACCGUCCUACAACUUACAAUUUAUUGGCACAUGACCCCGAUGGUGAUAAUGUAAGAUGUCGGUAUGGAAUUAAAAACAAUUUGGAGUGUAGCACCUGCAAAACAGUUCCAGGCUUUACCCUAGAUGAGAAUGCCUGCAGUUUAUCAUUUUCUGGCUCAUCAUCAUCUGGAGUAUAUGUGUUUGAACUUGUACUGGAAGAUUUUCCAAGGCAAAACACGACAUUAAAAUACCAUGAUGGGACAUCCACUGUCAAAUACCCCAUGUCCCUAGAUGCAUCUGAUCCAUUGAGCAAAAUACCCCUUCAAUUUCUAGUUAUAGUUGGUGAUGCUGUGCCGUCCUUGGUUUUGGGGGAAUACAUACCAAAAUAUAUAACUCCAACUGUUCACCAUGGCACCUUCAUGAGGACAUCACUUGGGAAAGAAUUUUCGUUUCCUGUCUCCGCAGUAUCAACAAAAUCACAAAUAAAGGACAUCGAGAUCAGUGGGCCCCUAAACAUAGAAAAAACAUUUGAGUACGAUACUGUCACUGGAGUUGGCAAGGCAAUGAUUAAGUGGACCCCAACUGCGAAUGACGUAGGAGAAGAUAUCCCCAUAUGUUUUAUUGCACAAACUACAGCUGAGUAUCAGUCUGAACUAAGAUGCAUAAUUGUUGUCGUUGAAGAAAGCCAAAUUGAAUCGGACGUUGAAUGCACUGACACAACAAUGACGCUGUAUGUUUCCAAGUCUUCAAUAAAAGGAUUUAAUGAAACUAAUUUACGUCUAAACGACCCUUCAUGUUUGGUGACAACUAAUGGCUCUCACGUUAUUGGAAGUGUGUCUCUGAACUCCUGUGGAACGCAGGUUGAGGAAACUGAGGAUGAAAUCAUUUUCAGAAACGAAAUGACAUCAUUUGAUCAUCCUCAUGACAUCAUAACCAGAGAGCAUCAGAUCGAGAUACCAUUCACUUGCAAAUUCUCCAGAAAGAGUCGACUCUCGGCCUCCUUCGAAGCACACAAGAGUGCCUAUUUGUCCACAGAUGUUGGUUUUGGCAACUUUACCUAUUUGUUUGAGUUCUACGACAGCAGUGCUUUCACAACUGUGAUAGACCCAAAAACUUACCCUAUAAAGUUGAAGCUGAAGGACAUGAUAUACAUGGGCAUCAAAGUGCGGUCAUCUCUGUCCAACAUUCGCCUAUUUGUGGAGUCCUGCAGAGCCACUCCCCAUGAAAAUCCCAAUGAUCCCAUCUACUACGACAUCAUUACUAAUGGGUGCACUAAAGAUAAAACAACAAAGGUCUAUUCAGGCAGUCUAAAAGAAUUCAGAUUUGGACUGCAGGCCUUCAGUUUCAUUGGCAACUACGAUCAGGUGUACAUCAGCUGCACAGUUCUCCUGUGUGGAGCUGGAGAUAACAAAACCAGGUGUGCCCAGGGUUGUACCGACAGCUACAACCGACGCAAGAGAUCCAUGAUUUCAGACACCCAGAGACACUUCAUAUCCCAAGGGCCCCUGCAUCUUGCUGGCAACUCUUCAGGCUGCCCAGGUUUCAGUCUGAAUCGAGUCAUCGCUGUUGCUUUAUUGUGGCCAUUGCUCUGGUUGCUUGAGCUGUGAUCUACAAAGCAAAAAUGUCCAGGGAUGUCAAAAAAAAAAAAAAAAUAUAUAUAUAUAUAUAUAUAAUGUUCUGCUGAGCUCUAAAAUGAGCUAAUAUGUAUAACUCCUAAUAGUGUGUAAGGAUGCUUCCGUGUGUUUCUUUUGUCUUUUGUUUUAGUUUUUCACAUGGUUGACUAGUCUUUUAGCCCUAAUUGACUACAGGGUUUAUGAUGUUGUAAUUCCAGUUUCUCACAGCCACAAGAAGGUACAGAUUGACUGAAGCCUCAGAAACAAUGAAGUCUGGGCUGUAAAGCAGAUAUACCAACAUAUGUGUAGAGAGUUACAACCAGGUGGCUUAGCUGCACCCUAUAAAAAACACUUUUUCGCAUUUUUUACAUUGUCAUUGUAUUUAUGUCACACCAACUGCAUCCUGUAAUUGUAAUUCUAUAAAUAUAUUAUUGUUAUUCA